AUGGAAUUGCUUCCGAACGUGGACCGGCUGAGAGAGCUCGCUUUUGCGGGUCAGUUUGAGUACGUUAUGGAUCGCGAUUCCGAUACGAUUGAUAAUGCUGAUGGGGGAACCGACGAAGUCAAACUCGCUGAGGUUUAUGCGUUGGAAGUGUACCGCGAAGAAAUUCGUCGUGCAGAGCUUCUUAUGCUGGAUGAAGCGGUUGCUAUGAGUUUCCAUUCGAAGGAUGAGCACAAGCUAUUGAACCCGGACACGAUUGAUCUGGACAGUUACAGUGAAGACGAAGGCUUUGUGCUGAUCGCUGACGAUGAGGAGGAAUCCAAGCCACCGCCAAAUUGCACGUGCUGUUGCGCACCCGUUCAAAACGAGAGCGAUCGUCGCAUUUUAUCCUGCGGCCACCUAUACUGUACGAAGUGCAUCGCGACGCGCUGUCGAAUGGGUGUGCGCGAUCGCUCGAUGGUACCUGCCCAUUGUUGCCAACGAGAGUUUCCAUCUGAUUAUGUGGUUGAAGUAUUGAAUACGAACGAGUUGAUCACCUACGAGCGGUUUUUGAAAGAAAAGCCCUGGCAAACACUGGAUCUUGAGUCGGACCGCGAGUAUGCCAAAGUGGUGCAAUUGAAUCAUGCAGUGCAGUGUCCUGGUUGUGGCGUGGGAGUGCAAAAAGUGUCGGGAUGCAAUCACAUGACGUGCUUAAACGGUCAUCAGUUUUGCUUCUUGUGCACCAAGAAGUGGAAAACGUGUGCUUGCAACAACUAA